AUGCGAAAAAUCCAGAGAAUAACACAGUUUUCAGAUGAUAAUAAUAGAUCUCAAAGAGAGCAUAUUCCUCUAGAUCUAAUCGUGGAGAUAGUCUCAAGCCUGCCAGCAAAAUCGAUUGUGAGAUUUAGGUCCGUUUCUAAGCUCUGGUCUUCAAUCAUCACCACUCCAGAUUUCACCAGCUCGGUCGUGACACGGUCCUUGUCAUCGCGUCCUUGUGUUCUGCUAAUCUUCCAAAAACACGACAAGCUGUUUUUUUUUGCUUCUCCAGUACACCAGAAGAAGACUUGUCCUAACGUGGAGAAUUUUCAAUAUACAAUCCCCAAUAAUGGUAAGCUUCAACGUUGUGAAUCCGUUCACGGCUUGAUUUACUUGGAAACUUCUACAAAUGUCAUGUUUAUCAGAAACCCUAUCACGAAAAGCUUCUUCACGUUACCUAAACUUGAUAGCAAGGAAGGCAGACCACUAACGGGAUUUUUGGGAUAUGAUCCAAUCAACGGUAAAUAUAAAGUACUAUGCAUACUUAAAGAACGAAACAAGAUUGGAAUUCUUACAUUGGGAGCUCAAGAAUCAUGGAGAAUAUUAUCUAAAGGUUUCCUUAGUCAUUACAAAGUGACAGGUUAUGCAAAAUGCAUUGAUGGAGUCAUCUACUAUGAAGGUUCUUUUGGUGAUGGUUUAAGACAAGAGCUUGCCAUAAUGAGUUUUGAUUUAAGAUCUGAAAAGUUCAGUUUGAUUAAACAUCCGAAGAAAAGUAGCAUAGCUACAUGUUGGUCAUCUUAUGAGGGAAGAUUAGCUUUGGUAAGUUCCAUUGCUUCUGGAGUUAGCUUAUGGAUUUUGGAGGAUGCUGAUAAUCACAAACAAUGGAUAUAUAAACAUUUUCCUUCACAUCGAGAAUUCAUCAAAGAGAGAUGGAAGUUGAAGGGUGUUACUCGUACUGGUGAAUUUAUUUACACAUCUUACAGAGCUUAUGUACUUAAUGUUGAAGGAAGGGUUUUAUAUCAAUGGUUCCGUAUUUUGUAUGUUGAUCCCAAGAGAAACAGUAUGAGGGUAGUUAUGCAUGGAGGAAUUGCAGUUGACGAUAUUAGGCGACUUGAUGAAGUUGGAUAUGAUCUUAUGAAAGACUUGACUGUCAUACCAAAUCACAUUCAGAUUUGA